AUGAAUACGACGACCUACAUCGAGGAUUGCCGACCCUUGUUGUUUAACAUCUCUUCCAAUGGAAUAUGGGAGAAUUUAAGUUCGCCCGAUGUGAUUUUUGGGUAUUCAUUGCCACUCAUGGAGAUUCAGAUAUUACUCAUCUUCACAUCGGUGGUCAUGACUCAUAUGUUCCUCAGAUGCAUCGGCAUUUCCCACAUCGCUUCCUAUAUGAUAGCUGGUCUGAUUAUGGGACCUCAGCUAUUAGAUCUAAGGGAGAAGUCAACAUGGAAACUAUCGUUGGAUCCUGUUAUGAAUGGAAAUGGACCGUUAAGAGGCUUCUCAGUAUGCGGCUUCAUGAUGUUUACGUUCCUCAUGUCCUUAAAGACCAGUCGGCGAGUUGUUUUCAACAACGGACCAUUGCCCGUUGUGAUUGGGAUCUUGACUUUCAUAGUUCCUUUGUUUGGAGGGCUCUGUUUCCGGAACAUCCUAGCUGACAAUAUAAACCCUCACUACAUGCCUCCGAAAAAAGCCCUCGCCGAGCGCACUGUCAUCAUCGCAACACAAUCUUCAAUACUACUUCCCACCACCACCUAUUUCUUGUCGGAACUCAAUAUUCUCAACUCGGAGUUCGGUCGGCUUGCAUUGUCCGCAUCUGUUAUCAAUGAUAUCCUUGGCGUUUCUUUCAUCGUACUUGCGUAUUCUCUAGGAACAUACAAAAACAUCUCACACUCAACGGCCUACAUUGACCUUAUCGCGGUGAUCAUCUUUUUCCUCCUCGUCUUUUUUGUUGUUAAACCGGCCAUGGAAUGGAUAGUGCAACAAACACCCGAAGACAAACCUGUGGCGAACAUAUAUGUGCAUGCUGUAAUUUUAACCGUAUUGGGUUCUGCCGUUUACACCACGGUCUUCCGUAUGAAAUACCUCCUCGGACCAGUCAUGAUCGGCCUCGUUAUACCAGAAGGUCCACCUUUAGGAUCCGCCUUGGAAGCCAAGUAUGAGAAGCUCACGUUAAACGUGUUCUUGCCAAUCUCGAUUGCAUUCAGUACGAUGCGAUGUGAUAUUACGAGGAUUGUGUACGAGCUAGAUGACAUAUUAUAUAAUAUCUUUCUGAUGGUGCUGACGAUCGCUUUGAAACUGGUUGCUGGUAUUGCACCUUGCUUGUACUGCAAGUUACCUCUCAAGGAGUCAAUAGCUGUUUCCGUACUCUUGAGCUGCAAGAGUUUCCCAGAAAUAUUUUUCUAUGAAUCUACAUUGGAUGAUAAGUAUAUAUCACAAGCAACAUACUCUUUCUUGAUAUUUUAUACGUUAUUAAACUCUGGGAUUAUCCCAGUAGUUAUAAGAAGUCUGUAUGAUCCGAAUCGGAAGUACAUUGGUUACCAAAAGAGGAACAUCUUCAGUUUGAAACCAAACUCCGAUCUUCGUAUUCUUACUUGUGUGCACAACCCUGGGAAUAUCUCUAGGGCCAUUGCAUUUAUCCAAUUAUUUUCCUCGCCGAACCAAGAAAAUCCCAUCAUGGUCACGGUCCUUCACCUCGUGAAGCUAGUGGGUCAGAUCGUACCGAUCUUGAUCUCGCACAACAAGAAGACGAAACAACUGAUCAAUAACUCCUACAUCCAUACCGCAAACCUUGCCUUCAGCCAAUUAAUGCAAGAGAGCUUUGAUUCAGAAAGUGUGGCCAUGUUCACAGCCCUCUCGCAUGAGAACUUAAUGCACCAAGACAUCUGCAUGCUCGCACUAGACCAGGCAACAUCUAUGAUUGUCGUCCCGUCUGGAAGAACAUGGACCAUUGAUGGGGAGUUCAUGUCAGACGAUGUGGCCAUAAGGCGUCUCAACAUCUCUCUACUCGAACGUUCGCCAUGUUCUAUUGGGAUACUCGUAGAUCGUGGACACUUCUUGCGUAAUCACAAGAGAAAGGACAACAUCAAUGUAUGUGCGAUAUUUAUUGGAGGUAAAGACGAUCGUGAGGCACUAUCGCUGGUGAAUAGGAUGAAACAUAACCCAAAGGUCCAAGUUUCUGUGAUUCGACUAAUGUCUAACCAAGAAACAGAGUCGACGAAUUGGGAUUACAUUCUUGAUCAUGAGGUUAUCAAAGAGUUGAAGGAUCCAGAGGUAAACACAAAUAUUGCAUAUACAGAGAGGAUAGUCACCGGUGGUCCUGAAGUGGCUACUACGGUCCGAUUGCUUUCGGAAGCGUAUGAUCUUAUGGUUGUUGGUAGAAAUCAUGGAACGUCGUCACCGGACUUUUCAGGACUGAUAGAGUGGGUGGAACUUCCGGAGUUAGGUGUCAUCGGAGAUUUGUUGGCGGUUAGAGAUCUUAGAUCUAGUGUCUCUGUUUUGGUAGUUCAACAACAACACCAAGCAUAAAUCAUUCAUUGUGAACUAUUCAACAACACGAGUGUAUAAUUUUAGGACAUGAUUUUAUAAGAUCUAACGAUGCUAUUUGCCAUGCGAGGAGUAUUAAUGUAUACACUUUCUUAUAACAUAAA